UCGAAAGAUUUGCUAGUUUAUCGAUAACAUAGUGUGUGUUUAUUCUGUUCUAAAGAAAAUCGGGUACUUACAUAGCAAUGAUCAUUGUACUUUUUUGUUCAAAAAUAAUAAUACUCGGUAUGGAUUGAAAAAGAAAACAAUAGUUUAUGGAUAAUAAUCGGAAAAAAAAUAGUCCAAAAUAAUUGACAGGCCAGCUUUCCUGUUGUGGAAAAGACGUGAACUUACUUCCAAUAACCCAGCUGUUAUACACUUAACCAAUGCUCUUUUCCAGAGCAUAUAUUAAGUUGUUUGUGAGACACACAUGUGGAGUUUGGAAGAAAUUCGUGAAAUUUGUUAUCUUGAAAGAUGUUAUGAAACUGUGGAAUAAGAAUUGAUGCUGUGUUCUUUCUUGAUCAAAGUUCAGUUUGUCCAAUUUGACUGUGUUUAUUUAUUUACAAAUAUUUUAUAUUAAUAGCUUGGGCCAUUUUUGUGAUCAAUAUCAUUUAACUAUGAACAUGGAAAUGAAAUAAAGAGUCAAAAAGUGUAAUUACAUUAUUUGCUAUAAGUACAAAUACCUACCACAAGUAUGACAAAGGAAAACAAUGGCAAAAGUUCUGUGGAACAGAUUGGUUACACUCGAAAUGAAAACCAUGAAACUGUUCGAUUCAGUUCGGUAUCAUCAGGAUCUCCCAAUCAUCUCCAACAUCAGUCUGGCUGUCUCAACUUACCUCAGCUCUUUGAGCGCACAGGAAGUUGGUGGCCAAGUCCGAGAUUUGAUUCUGACAUUCUUGAGAAAGCUCAGUGGAAUACAUACUUUCCACAGACCCGAAGACGAUUCCAGUAUGCAUUGUUCUAUAUGCUGGCUGCGUGUCUAGUGUGGACUCUGUACUUUGGAUUAACUAAGGCUCAUUCUUACCAUUGGCCAAACUUCUUGAUAGGGACUCUAGUUCUUCUUUGUCUGAUAUGUGUGGUGUUAGGUUUUACAUACACAAGGUAUUACCAAAAGUUCUAUCUGUUAACAUCAAUUGUUGUCUCAAUAUUAAUAUGCUCUGGAAUAUUAGCAACAGUUCAAGCAUUCAGAGCUUCAGACCUGUCAACUGUUGGUUCAUUUACAGCUACUGUUGAAGUGCUUCUGAUGAUGUACAGUGUGAUUCCAAUGCCUUUGGCUGCAACCCUUGUGAUUGGUGUUAUUUAUUCAGUUGUAUUUGAAGUGUUAACAGCAGUGCAAAAUCAUUAUAUGCAAGCACCAGUAUUUAUAGCAGGGAAAAUUCUUCUUCAUUUAUGCAUACAUUUGAUGGGUAUUCACAUUUUUAUCAUGAGACAAGUUCGUCAAAGAAGCACAUUUUGGAAAAUUGGCCAGUCAGCUAUAUCCAGGCAAGAUCUGAAAAUAGAGCGUGAAAUCAGGGAAAAAAUGAUUCAUUCCCUCAUGCCUCCUUCUGUCGCUGCAGAAGUAAUGAGAUCUCGGGCUGACGGUGGGGAAAAGGAAGAUGAACUGACUGAAAUGCAACCCAGAAAGAGGGGCUCCAAAGGCAAAGUAACACCAAAAGGCCAAAUGAUUUUCAGGACAUUCAAUAUGAACAAAAUGGUGGAUGUCAGCAUUUUGUUUGCAGACAUUGUUGGCUUUACAAAAAUGAGUUCCAACAAAACUGCAGAAGUUCUUGUGGGGCAACUGAAUGAUUUGUUUGGUAGAUUUGAUGAUCUGUGCCAGAAAUCUGGCUGUGAAAAGAUCAGUACGUUAGGAGAUUGCUACUACUGUGUGUCAGGCUGUCCUGAGCCCAAACCAGACCAUGCAAGAUGCUGUGUAGAAAUGGGCCUGGGAAUGAUCGAGGCCAUCCAGAAGUUUGAUGAAGAAAAUAACGAAUCUGUGAACAUGCGAGUUGGGGUUCAUACAGGCACAGUCUUAUGUGGUAUUGUUGGGACAAGACGGUUUAAGUUUGAUGUCUGGUCAAAUGACGUUACAUUGGCCAAUGAAAUGGAGUCAACAGGGCAACCAGGGCGUGUGCACAUAUCGGAGCAUACCUUGGAGUUUCUGGGCGAUGAAUAUGAGGUGGAGCCAGGAGAAGAAGUGGAAGAUAACCGGUCAGAUAAGAAGAUUGUAGAGGCAUAUGACAAGACGACCUCAACUUACACUGUUAAACACGCAACAUGGGAUAAAAAGAUCAAGACCUAUUUCAUUGUGGGUCGCAAGAAGAAGGAUGUCCCGAAGUCAGAGACAGUUGUGGUGGCGAUUGACGGAGACGUUGCCACGCAAUCCUCGGAGCAUGAUAACCUGAUGAAUGAUGCUGGCAAAGAGGUUGGCGAUGUGAACGGAGUGUCUACAACAGCCAUGCUAGUGAAGAGCCACCUAAACAACUCUCUCAAUGAACUCAACCAUGCUGAAGCCUCUGCAAAUCACUCAGACACAAUUGUUACACAGGAGGUAAAGCCCAAUGACAUUCAUGUCAAGGUGAAAACAGACAGCAUGCAGGACCUUGAUCGGGAGCCCAUAGACAAGACGUGGACCAAGUUCCGCAACAUCAACUACCACUCGGACAAGCAGCUGGUGCGGUUGGUGGAGGGGGUCAAGGAGAGAGAGAUGUUCUUCAAGCCGCCCAUCAACCGCUGCAUGCUCACCUUUGAGGAGGAUGAGCUGGAGGAGAACUACCGCGACCACUACAUGGAGGACCAGCACAAUCAGCAGACCAUCUCCGCACCAAAGUACCACUCCUUCCUAGAGAUAUUUGUCUCCUUCUUUGUGUUUGCAAUCAUCUCUGCAUUCUGCUUUCUUGUGUUUGACAGGCAGCUGCCCUGGAUUGUUUUCUUUUGCAUAUCAUUUGUACUGGAGAUUCUAAACAUUGUUCGCAGUGUGUUGACUAUCAAGUAUGCUGAGAACCGAGAGGGCAGCAAGUGGAUAAAGAUGAUCAACAUCACGUCUGCCUGGUACUUCAGGAACAUCCUGGGCGUUGUGUCCGCAAGCAUUCCAAUGGCUGGGGUGUUCAGUAACUUUUCAUGUCAGCUCAUGGAUAACACCCAGUGGUGUGAUCGCUUCUUCUGCUUCUGCAUUGUCGUCUCACUUCUCCAUUACACCAACUUUACAACUCUUAGCUCCUGGAUGAAGUCCAUUUUUGCGCUUCUCGCUGGUGCCACAUUAAUUGUACUGAUUGCGGUAAUCAAGUGCUCCCCUGAUGUGGCAGACAAUCUGGACAACGUUACAACUGUUUCUCCAUCUGUUAUGACUACUUUAGUUUACGUGAACAGCACAUUCAUUAACAAGACUGAACUGACUUUGCUGGUGUUGCCUGAUCAAGAUAAGAACUAUGUACCGUUAUUUGCUGGCUUCUCCAUACUUCAUAUUGAGAUCAUACUGGACAUGAUUCUACUGAUAGUGUUGAUCACUUUCCUGAACUACGAGUCUGAAACGAGCUACCGUCACAAUUACUAUGGAGACUCUCAGGCCUGGAAGUACAAGCAGAUCAUGCAGGAGCACAAGGAUCAGGCAGACUGGCUGCUCCACAACAUCCUCCCUCCACAUGUGUCGGAAAUAGUCAGGCAGACCUCUAAGUACUCUAAGAAUCACAAGGAUGUUGGUGUGAUUUUUGCCGCCAUUGUAAACUUCAAUGACAUUUACGAUGAGUCAUACGAGGGUGGUCGUGAGUUUUUACGUGUACUGAAUGAGCUUGUGAGUGAUUACGAGGACUUGCUAGACAGGCCGGAGUUUAAAGACGUCGAGAAGAUCAAGACAAUCAGCAGCACGUUCAUGGCAGCAUCAGGGCUGAACGAGAUCUCGCGGGCCCAAAAUCAGCACCCACAUGCCCACCUGUACGCCCUCAUGAUGUUCUGUGUGGAGCUGCAUGAUGCAAUCAGACGCUUCAAUGACAGCAUCUUCAAUUUUGACUUCAUCCUCAACAUCGGGUACAAUUACGGUGAGGUGACAGCUGGAGUUAUUGGUACCACAAAGCUGCUGUACGACAUCUGGGGCGACACUGUGAACAUCUCCAGUCGCAUGUACUCUACAGGCGUGGCCGGACGCACACAAGUGCCUGAAUCUACUGCGAACAAGCUGGGAGACAAGAUGGACUUUGAGUACCGAGACGAGAUCAGUGUGAAGGGCAAGGGCAUGAUGAAGACAUACCUCUUCAAGGGUGUGAAGCCAGGUGCUCACUGGGAGUAGGGUUUGUAGAAUUAGUAGCCAUAUUCUGUAUUAGAAAACCAUGAGAAAAUUAUAUAUCUUUGUAUUGGUUCUACAUUCUUUGUAGCUCAGGCUUAUACAGAUGUAGAUUUGUGUUUAGCUCACCUGAGCAGGAAGUGCUCCUGGUGAGCUAUUGUGAUCAUUCUGUGUCCUUUCAUCAUGCAUCCUCUGUUGUCAACAUUUAUUUCGUAACCACCCAUCCUUUGUAUGCACACAUGUAGUUACAAUUAAUUUUUAGAUGAUCAUAGAGAAAGAAUUUUGGGCUGUGACUACUUUGGGCAGAGUUAUGGUCCUUUGUCUGUUUUUCCAACAUAUAAUACAGAGUUUCAACUCCUUUUUUAUGACUGAGUGGAUCUCGCUCACACAUGAAUGUCCUUAAUGUGGUGAUGAUUGAAAAGAAACGUAAAUUGGUUACAAUUUUGGCAGAAUUAAAGCCUUUUGUCUGUAAUUCCACUAUUUAUUUAGUUCUUAACUUCUUUGUUUGUAAUUCCCCUAUAACUACCUGAUAAAUCUCAAUGAAAGUUAUGAAAUCUUAAUAACCUUGGAUGUGAAGAUAAUUGUGAAGAAAGGAAUUUUAGUUGUACAAAUGUCUGCCAUAAUUAUGACCCUUGGUUUUUUUUUCACCUUAGAAUAUAUUUUGACCUUGUGUCUUUUUUCCACUAAAGAGUAUAUAAUCUUAGCUUUUUGUUAAACUUUUCUUAAACAAUAAGGUGGAUCUCUCUCAAACUUUCACAAUUGAUCAACCUUUAUAUGGAACAGAAUUGUGUUUGUUCAAUGCCUGUAACUCUGCUUGGAGGAUUUUGAUGAAAAUUUCACAGCCGAAUGUGAAGAGGACAAUAUCAAGGCAAUGUUUAAAUCUGGGUCAAGUAGGGUCCACUGCUAGCUCAAGUCUUCAACAAUUGGUGUAUUGUUAGGCCAGAUGAGUGCUUUAGGACCAUCAUGGCCUUCUUCUGUCUUUAUUUAGUGUAUAUUUUACCUUGUGUCAAUCUUUUGAAAACUGAUGAAUUUUUCUAAUGUACAUAUCAAAUUAAGUAUAUGGUAAAAAAAAAUCAACAAUGUUGUUAAGAGUUUUAGUUUGGUUUUGUCUUUUAUUGAAUAAAGAAACAAACAAUAUUUGUUACACAUGACAGUUUUCAUGUUUUCUUCUUCAUUCCGCUAUGAUAUUUCUGAAAUAUUUUUGAAAACAGCAAAAAAAAACACAAAACACAAAAAAAUAUGCAGCUACUGGUUACUCCAUUAUGUUGUUAUUACACAAAAACAAAAGUAAAUUAUUUUUCAAUACAAAUGUGACACUGUGUGCUUGUUUUGGAGAAAAGAUCUCGGAAUGACUGCCUUUAUUUGAUCUACUUUUUUCUAAAAAAUGUUACAUUGUCAAAAAUACGUUCUUACCAUACAAUUUUACUUGAUCUCUGAGUUUGAAAGCAAUCAAGAACAUGUAUACUAAAUUUGUGCAGUUUGUUGUAUGCCUGCUAAUGUAUUCUUUUGACUUUAUCACACUUGUAAGGCUUGCAUUUAGGAAGGUCUGGAAAUUAUUUACUCUCAAGAUUUCACACUGAAAUGGAGCGUAUAUAUUUGCUAACUAAAAAAUGGACCUUUCAUGUCUGACAUGGCCUUGGCGUAAAAUAUAGAAGUUUUGAUUGAGGCCUUCUGUUUGCCAGCCAUGCACACCUUUUGGCAGACUGCUCCAUGUGUCAAGGCAUAUGCAAGUGUCAGAUUGUUUCAUUGUGUGUCUUACCUUUGCUGGGAUACGAGGGGAAUGUUUCAUGAUCCCACAUAGUUGGAGGCUUUAAGCAUUGCACUUGUCUGUUCACAUGUUUGUAUGUCCAUCUGUUGGUACAUAUAUCCAGAAGCUUUUGUUUUAAAUUCAACCAUCCAUGUUUAAUGAUUUUAAUGUGUACAUAAUCGUAAAGAAAUAACUUUGCUGCAAUAAUUUUUGGCAGAAUUAUGGUCCUUUGUCUGUUUUACCAACUAAGGAUAUUUUGUCACUGGAAGCCUGUGUUUUUAACUCCUUUCUACUAGGUGGAUCUUGCUCAAACUUUCACAGCUGAAUAACUUUAACAUGUAGAUAAUACAGAAAGCAGUUUUGGCUGCAACAAGGUUUUGCAUAAAUAUGGCCCUAUGUCUGGUUUUCCACUACAGAAUAUAUUUUCCUAAAAUGUUUUCUUUUCAAUUUGUCUUUAUUGACUUGGAAAAUUGCACUCAAACUUUCACAUCUUAAUACACUACAUACAUAGCAUGAUCUUUAAGUGAGGAAUUAAGGCUAAUUCCAGUUUUAGCAGAAUUUAGGCCCUUUAUCUUUUUGUCAAAUGUAGAAUAUAUAGUUGAUUUGUCUGUGUCCAAUCAUGUGUAAUGGGGGCAUAAAUGUAUGAAACUAAUUUCUAGUAUUCACUCAUUCUGUCUUCAGCCUUUGCAUGUUUCUGUCAUUACAUGUAUAAAUUCAGAAAACAGUCAGUUUUUGCAGACAAAACACAUUAGUGACAUUGCCAUUUUAUUUUUAUGCCCCCUUCGAAGAAGAGGGGGUAUAUUGUUUGCACAUGUCCGUCGGUCUGUCCAACAGAUGGUUUCCGGAUGAUUACUAAGAACGCUUAGGCCUAGGAUCAUGAAACUUCAUAGGUACAUUGAUCAUGACUGUCAGAUGACCCCUAUUGAUUUUCAGGUCACUAGGUCACUAGGUCAAAGGUCAAGGUCACAGUGACUCGAAAUAGUAAAAUGGUUUCCGGAUGAUAACUCAAGAAUGCUUACGCCUAGGAUCAUGAAACUUCAUAGGAACAUUGAUCAUGACUGGCAGAUGACCCAUAUUGAUUUUCAGGUCACUAGGUCAAAGGUCAAGGUCACAGUGACAAAAAACAUAUUCACACAAUGGCUGCCACUACAACUGACAGCCCAUAUGGGGGGCAUGCAUGUUUUACAAACAGCCCUUGUUCAUUAUUUAUCUUGUUGUUGUUGUCUUGAUAUUAUUUAAAUAACAUAUAAAAGAUCAGUCAGCAUGUAUGCAGAGAAAGCUUUCAUUUGACAUUAUAUUUUGUUUUGGUAUUUAAAGGUGAGGUUUGUCAAAAGCACUGGAUCAUUUAUGGCCCCUGAAUGUGUCAGGAAAGGAUAGUAAAAAUGCUGCCUUACAAUCAACCAGCUAUAUGGUUGUUUGAUAAGUGUCUUCUUGUGUUCUUAUGUCCCAAAUUUAGUUUCUGUCUAGUUAAUGGCUUUGUAUUUUAUGUUAAGGUUUGUAUUGCAUUUUCGUUAGUGUAUGUAGUAUUUUACUCACAAAUAGUGAGUAUUGUUCCAUUAAAUGAUUUAUAUAUAUUUAUCAACUAAUGUAGUGUUUUGGUGGUUGUACUAUAACAUUGUUGUACGUGUAUAUAUUCAUUAAGACAUUUAGUAUGGCAUUAACACAUGCGCAUUUUCUCAAAUAAUCAUGAAUUAAUUUAUGUUCUCUGUUCCUGUGCAAGGAUAUUUAAUUAAUAUGUUACUUAAGCUGUGAAAAUCAGGAACAAGUAAUGUUUUUAUGCCCCCCACUAUAGUAGUGGGGGACAUAUUGUUUUUGCCCUGUCUGUUGGUUGGUCUGUUGGUUGGUUGGUUGUUUAACAUUUUGCAAUAACUUUUGCUAUAUUGAAUAUAGCAACUUGAUAUUUGGCAUGCAUGUGACUCUCAUGGAGCUGCACAUUUUGAGUGGUGAAAGGUCAAGGUCAAGGUCAUCCUUCAAGGUCAGAGGUCAAAUAUAUGUGGCCAAAAUCGCUCAUUUUAUGAAUAGUUUUGCAAUAUUGAAGAUAGCAACUUGAUAUUUGGCAUGCAUGUGUAUAUCAUGGAGCUGCACAUUUUGAGUGGUGAAAGGUCAAGGUCAAGGUCAUCAUUCAAGGUCAGAGGUCAAAUAUAUGUGGCCCAAAUCGCUUAUUUUAUGCAUACUUUUGAAAUAUUGAAGAUAGCAAUUUGAUAUUUGGCAUGCAUGUGUAUCUCAUGGAGCUGCACAAUUUGAGUGGUGAAAGGUCAAGGUCAUCCUUCAAGGUCAGAAGUCAAAUAUAUAUGGCCCAAAUCGCUUAUUUUAUGAAUACUUUUGCAAUAUUGAAGAUAGCAAUUUGAUAUUUGGCAUGCAUGUGUAUCUCAUGGAGCUGCACAUUUUGAGUGGUGAAGGGUCAAGGUCAUCCUUCAAGGUCAAACGUCAUAUAGGGGGACAUUGUGUUUCACAAACGAUCUUGUUGAUGUUUUAAUGCAGUUCAACUGUUAUGAUGGUAAGAACCACGCUGAUAUAUUUUAGCUCACUUAAGCAUGAAGUUCAUGGUCAGGUAUUGUGAUCACAGUGUUACCUUAAGUGUUGUGGGUUGUCAAUGUUAAGCUUGUUACCAUGUUAGAGGCCACAUUUUUAAUACAUUCUUAAAUUGAAACAUGGUAAAAAUGUUAAUCUGGAAAAUAUCAAUGUCCAAACCUAAGGUCACCAGGUCAAAUCUUAGAAAAAUCUUGUUACUACUUUCGAGACAGCAUUUAUGACUCAAUAUUGAUUAAAAAUUUUCAUCAUAAUUACUUGACAAUAUUGAGGACAAGUUCAAAAUCUGGGCCACAUUUGUCCCAAAAAAACGUCACAAGGUCAAAAACGUGUUACUACUGUAGGGGCAGCAUUUAUGUUUCUAAGAAUGUUUUUUUUGGACAUUAUGUUGGUAAAGUUUGAAUUUGGGUGCAGAGGGGUCAAAACAUACAUUGCCAUGUGAAGUCUUCACUUAUUGGUGUCUGUGAUGUCAGGUGAGCGUUUGAGGGCCAUCAUCCUCUUAAUAAUUAUAUAUUGCACAACAUUAUAUUUGGGCUUGUCUGUAUUUUUAUGCCCCCCUUCGAAGAAGAGGGGAUAUAUUUAUUAUACUUUUUCUUACAAUUAUUAAAAAAUUUGUAUUUAUGGUUUUAUUUGUGUAUGUUACAUGUUUUGCAUUUGUCUUAGAUGACAGUGUGCAUCCUAUGUUUCAUGAAGUAUAGUGUUUGUAACCUUAUGUUUAACUUUUUAUUUGUUGUAGAAGACAAUCUGUAACCUUAUGAUUCACAUUUUUAUACCCGCCGAAAUAAAUUUCGGAGGGGAUAUAGUAAUUGGUCCUGUCCGUCUGGCUGAAACUUUGUCUGGAGCAUAACUCCAAAUUAUUCAAUGGAUGUACUUUAAACUUUAGAAUAUAAACAGAUGGCAACUAGGAGAAGUGCAGUGACCAAGAACCAUAACUCUAUCUACCUUAGUUUUUGAAUUAUCUCCCCUUUUAUAUAACUUUAAAGUAAAUUUUUGUCCGGAGCAUAACUCUAAAUAUACUAAAGGGAUUUACUUGAAACUUGAACUAUAAACAGAUGGCAACUAAGAGAAGUGCAGUGACCAAGAACCACAACUCUAUCUACCUUAGUUUUUUAAUUAUCUCCCCUAUUAUAUAAUUUUAAAGUAAAUUUUCGUCCGGAGAAUAACUCUAGAUCUACCGAAGGGAUUUACUUGAAACUUGAAAUAUAAACAGAUGGCAACUAGGAGAAGUGCAGUGACCAAGAACCACAACUCUAUCUACCUUAGUUUUUGAAUUAUCUCCCCUUUUAUUUAAUUUUAAAGAAAAUUUUUGUCCGGAGCAUUACUCUAAAUCUACUGAAGGGAUUUACUUGAAACUUGAAAUAUAAACAGAUGGCAACUAGGAGAAGUGCAGUGACCAAGAACCACAACUCUAUCUACCUUAGUUUUUGAAUUAUCUCCCCUUAUAUAUAAUUUUAAAGUAAAUUUUUGUUCGGAGCAUAACUCUAAAUCUACUGAAGGGAUUUACUUGAAACUUGAAAUAUAAACAGAUGGCAAGUAGGAAAAGUGCAGUAACUAAGAACCAUAAGUCUAUCUACCUUAGUUUUUGAAUUAUCUCCCCUUUUAUAUAACUUUAAAGUACAUUUUUGUCCGGAGCAUAACUCUAAAUCUACUAUAGGGAGUUACUUGAAACUUGAAAUAUAAACAUUUGGCAACUAGGAGAAGUGCAGUGACCAAGAACCAUAACUCUAUCUACCUUAGUUUUUGAAUUAUCUCCCCUUUUAUAUAAUUUUAAAGUAAAUUUUUGUCCGGAGCAUAACUCUUAAUCUACUGAAGGGAUUUACUUGAAACUUAAACAGAUGGCAAGUAGGAGAAGUGCAGUGACUAAGAACCAUAACUCUAUCUGCCUUAGUGUUUGAAUUAUAUCCCUUUAUUUCAUUUCAAAGUAAAUUUUUUUCCGUAGCAUAAUGAAUUAUCUCCCUUUAUUUGUUUUUACAAAUAUUAUUCUACUCUCUAAAACAAAUGUUGUCAUACAAGCAAACACAUUUCGGCGGGGAUUUGGCACUACUGUGACAAGCUCUUGUAUUUUUCGUAGAUGGGCCAAAGUGCAGCUGAUUAACAUUGGCACACGAAAUUAAGCAACUAUCUUUGAUCAUUUUAUACAAAGUAAAGACUUGUAUAAAGUGUUAUUAAUACCAUAUAAAUCAGUUGGUAGAGUGCUCAACUGUUAACCAGUGUUUGAUAGCGAAGUCAAUCUGUUGAACCUUGGUUGUGAGUUUGAAUCUCAGUCCAAGCUCUGAUUCAAAUUAGGCAGGUUUCAGCUUAAGCCUUACCUCAUGACUGAUUUAAAGUAGGUCCUUUUUCAAUGUAAUCCUGUCCACAUGACUGCUUUCAGGAGGGAAGUUUUCAGUGUAAGCCUGUCUACAUGACUGAUUCAAAUAGGGCAGUUACAGUGUAAGCCUGGCCUCAUAUCUGAUUCAAAUAGGGCAGUUUUCAGUGUAAGCCUGUCUUCAUGACUGUUUCAAAUAGGGAAGUUUUUAGUGUAGGCCUGUCCACAUUACUGAUUCAAAUAGGGCAGUUUCAGUGUAAGGCCAACCGCUACCUGAUUCAAGUAAUGCAGUUUUCAGUGUAAGCCCGGCCUUACAACAUAUUCAUCUAGGGCACUUAUCAGUUACUACCAUAUGUGUGUGCACUUAGUAAUUGUAAACUAGUUAGAUAUAAAGCAAAUCUCACCACUGUCUGCCUGGAUAUGACUGAAAUACAAGUAAAAAAAAACAUGCAUGUUAUUUUGUGUCUGAAACUUACCAAUAAUAUGGUAUUUCAUUUUGAUAUGUAUUUAUUCUUAUUUGUCACAUAAAGAAGUAUGCUAUUAUUAUCCAUUAGACCAGUGUUUAACAUGUGAACAAUAUACUAUUUUAAAGCUGGUGUUAUAUCUUAGUUAAGAGCUAAAAAUAUGUAUUGAUUUUAAUAGUGAAUAUUUGUGACCCAGCAAGUAAUCUGGACAAUCCUGUUUUAUGUUGAGUAGAUCGAGUUUGCUAACUAAAAUGCAUUUUUAGCUCACCUGAACACAAGGUGCUCAUGGUGAGCUUUUUGGAUCACCUUUUGUCCGUUGUGCAUCGUCCAUCGUCAACAUUUUGCCUUGUUAACACUCUAUAGGCCACAUUUUUUUGUCUGAUCUUCAUGAAACUUGGUUCAAAGAUUUGUCCCAAUGGUCAAGUUGGAAACUGGAUCAUGUGAGGUCAAAAACUAGGUCACUAGGUCAAAUUAAAGAAAAUGCUUGUUAACACUCUAGAAGUCACAUUUAUUGUCCAAUCUUCAUAAACUUGGUCAUAACAUUUGUCUGAGAUCAUUCGACAGUGUGUCGCGCAAAAGAAUUACCUCGAUGUCUCCAAGGUCAAGGUCACACUUUGAGUUCAAAGGUAAAAAAUGACCAUAAAUGAGCUUGUCUGGGCCAUAACUAUGUCGUUCAUGGCGAGAUUUUAAAAUCAUUUGGCACAUUUGUUCACCAUCAUUGGACGAUGUGUCGCAUGAAAGAAUUACAUUGAUAUCUCCAAGGUCAAGGUCACACUUUGAGUUCAAAUGUCAAAAAUGGCCAUAAAUGAUCUUGUACGGGCCAUAACUAUGUCAUUCAUUGUGAGAUUUUAAAAUGAAAAUGUACAUUAAUUUUGUUCACAGUCAUUGGACAGCGUGUCUUGCGAAAGGAUUCAAGAGUUCAAAGGUGAAAAUGGCCAUAAAUGAUAAUAGAAUAAUAAGUCUUAAAAAUCACCAUAAAUUAGCUUCUCAUGUUUUGUGAAGACAGCAUGCAAAAUAGUCUGUGUCAAUGCAGCAUGUGGGGGUAUACGUCACAUCUGUGACAAAGUUCUAGUUUUGACCUCAACCUUCCCAGAAAAGUUUAGUUCCUUCGGGUCUCAAGUGAGCACCUUAGGGCCCAUGGCCCUCUUGUUUUUAAAUUUCCGAAUAUGGGCAUCAAUUCAUCCAUCUAUCAAACUAAUUGUUUUAAUGAAACAAAUAUAAAUUGGAAAUAGACUUACAUAAAUUUUAGUUGUAUUGAUGUAUCAUGAGUAUUUUAUUUUGUUGCUCAAUAUCCGUUAAUCCAUUUAAUAUGAUAAUUAUGUAUAUGAUACUUUAAUACUAUUUUAUUUUGUAUAGGUAGGUUUUUGCAUGUAUAUACACUGUUUUUGUGAUAGUGUUUUUAAAUAAUUUUAAUGUGUGUUUUUAACAACUUUACUUUUUAACAAAACUUUUAACAUUCAUAAUUAUGAGAAUUGUGUGUGUAGUUUUUUAAGUCACCUUAGUACAGGAGGCUCAUGUUGAGAUUUUGUGAUUGCCUUUUGUCAGUUGUGUGGUCCAGCAUUUUGUUUUGAGAUAGCUGGGAACAUCAUUGUUGCUGUGGGCAAUGUGUGGGUUCAAGCAUGAAUUGGGGAUGGGAUAAUAAUUUGUUGUUUGCUGUUUUUAAUUAAUUAUUAAACACUUUAUUAAAUAAUUUUUUAGAUAAAUAAAAGCUUUUAUAUAUUAUUAUCUCAAGCUGUUUUAUUCUGUACAUUUACAUUUAAAGGUUUUUAGUCUUUUAAUAUAUGCAUUAUUUUCAUAUGCUUUUAGUGAAUAUAUAAGUUUUUGUAUACCCAUUUGUGUAGUGUUAUGUCACAGUGUUUGGUGAGUUUAGAGUAUUCAAAUAAAGUUGAUAAAUGU